AUGCGAGAUUCCCAACGAAUCACGCAUUCGUGCCGCUACCCCUGCUCGCCAUACUACUUAUACGCCGUGGCUGCUUGCGAGCCGGAUGGACAAUCAUAUGAUGCCGAGGCGACUCAAGGGGAGCCGGAUGUAGCGGACAGUCACCACAGACAUGCUACGGUUCUUGCGAGCGAAGGGCCAGCCUCGGGAUCCCAGGCACAGACGAUCGAUGUCGAUACUGAUGGUAAAAUAGAGACAGAGGAGCAGGCAUACGAACUCAUGGGGAAGCUGAUUCGGAUGCGGAAAGACAAUAGGGCGCGCAUCCUGUACCUUUCGGCAGCGGAGGCCAAAGGCCUGCUUCGGGCCAUGGAGACGUACGUGGCAGGGAAAGAUGAAAAACUAAAGAUAAUUGAGGGCAAGCAGUUGGAGCUGAAACUACUGGGCGGCAAGACACUUCGUCUGAACAAGCGAAUGAAAACGCUUUCAGAAAUGUUCCCAAGCCUGGCUGCACUAGUCGACUUCCGCAGGUAUGACUGGUUGAGAAAGAGUAGCAACGAGGAGCACGACAGCGAAUCGCCGGGUGGCUCGACGGAGACAUCCAGUGCUACGGAAGAGGAUCAAGCGGCAACCGUGGAAGCGACGGAGAAAUGCAUUGGCCACUUGCUGCGAAACAUAAAAAACGACACAGCAUCACUUGCACGACGGCGUAAGCUAAUCGCGACAAAGGAAUCAAAAGCCGCUGAGAUACACCACACUCAAGGAUCCGCCCCCCCAACAAGUUCCGGCCGGGCUAUGUCAAAGAUGCAGUUACAGACCCAUGCUACGCGAAUAGCCCGAGCCGAGUGUGAUGCUAGAAAGCUUGAACACCGAAUCCAGAGCCGGAGAUAUCGCUUACAUAAACUACGAGAAAAGAUGAAAUUGCUCAAGGCAUCAGCGUACCAGACGCACCUCGCAGCAGGGCAUACGGGAACUGAACCGGACAGGAGCGCGCCUCUAGAGACGAAGACAACAGCACCACCGCUUCCCAAACACCUGCGCCAUCUGGAGGACGUACAGCGCCAGGAUGUCGCUUCCAGUGAUACCGAGAGACGGAUGAGGGAGCCCGGUUUCGAUGGAAACAUUUGGCGUGUUGUUGAAGAGAACCGAACUCACUGCUUGGCCUCGAAAGAGUUAGUGCAUCUAACCCGCCCAAAUGAGCUGACCCAAGAGGACGCCCACGCGCGGACUCAGAAAGGCGGAGCGGGCAGAGCUCGUGCAGGACGACUGCCGACUGCCAUACUACCAAACGCCCUCGCCGGUAAGGUUGUGCAUGUAUCUCCUGAGCCGCCCAGCUCUGCCAUAUGGAUCACUCCGCAGACGCUGGUGGUUCCAGGUUCCGUCCCUCAGCACAUGGCGUCGUUCGUUCCUAGCGCAGCCCCCUUCGGGGCGCGCGCGUUGAUAGCGAACGCGAGAUCUCUGCAGAGUGGUACGCCUGCCAAGCUGCUCAUACUUCUGCGGAUGUAG